AUGUGUGAUGUCCUCAAGAAAAUCCAGUGGUCUCCACAGCAGAGAAUUGUCUCGAGUGUAGAAACAACCUCUACAGAAACCGAUAUUUCAUGGCUAAAAUUAAGUAAUAUUUUUGAGGGACUCUUUGUAACAUGUGAGGAGACCAUAUGUAAUCGUUUUUUUGCUCAGGAGAAUGGAAUUUCUCUUAUUUUAACUCUAAAUGGGAGUGAUUAUGUAGCACCCUAUAGAGUGUAUGAGUAUUCUUCAGAUUUACAGCGGUGUGUCUAUAACAAAUUGUCGUCAUUUGACGCUUUUGUGACCCAAAUUGAUCAUUACAUUUCCAAAGAAAUCCCUGAGGAGAUUCAGUUGCGGAAGGUUUUUAUUCGCUCCGUUUCUGCUGAAGAUAGUCCGGCGUAUGACAUUAGUCGUCAUUUUUCCGAAUUGUGUACGCUUAUUGAGCUUGUUAUGUUAAGUCGGACAAAAUUUAAAAAUUGUCCUUCGUCUUUACAUGCCGUGGUUGUACAUUGUCUUGUGGGGGUGAGUCGCUCUGUUUCAGUUGUUAUGGCCUAUAUUAUGAAACGAACUGGAUGCUCCAAAAAUGAAGCGCUCUUACUGGUGAAAAAUGCCCGUCCCAUGGCAAAUCCUAACCCUGGUUUUCAUUCCCAGCUUUUAUAUUGGGAAGAAGGAGGUUUUUAUCGGGUAGUAGACAGUUUGACCGCCUCUCUUACCGCCAAUGAAUUGAGACAAGAUGGUGCGCUGGAAACAUACAUGGAAAAAUACUUCCCCUUACUUAUUCGUGUUAACAGGUUCGUGUGUGACAGAGAAUUUUUUGCCCUUGUCAUAGCUGAAGCAGGUCUUGGUGAAGACAGCAUUCGUUAUGUCUUGGAGAAAGUUUAUAGAUAUAUUGCGUUCGCUAUAGCGGAUGAGUUGUAUGUCGAUAUUCCUGCAUUCUUUGAUAAUAUUUGCGAAACAAAUGCGAGUUUUGCUCGUUUCCUUCCAACUUUAUUUGUUCAUACUGAGGAAAGGACAGGUUACUAUUUUGAUGAUUUGUUGUAUUACGAAUUUUGCAAAAAUCUUGCUAGCGUGGGGGAUACAGGUAAAUCCUUCAUUAUUGUGAAGGCGUUUUGCUCUUUUUUCGAGGCCAUAGGAUCAAAACAUUUUUUGAACAACCCGGGGGGGCGUCCGCAAACUCUUGAUUCUUUUGGGAAAGUGGUUGGGACGCCUUACGAGGAAUUAAGUUUGACAUUCCCUUUCCUUCCCUUUUUGGCACCUUUUGCGGCAGGAUUUGUUCCGCAGCAACAACUUGAGGCUUUGGGAAAAGAAAAAUGGACCACACAAGUGAUGGAACGUAACCUGUCUGAUCUGUUGUCACUUUUUCAAGAAAAUUUUCUUUUAACGACUUUUAAAACUGGAAUAUCUCCUGAUACUUUUUCAGCGGUGGGCCGCUGGCAUGCGAAUUCACGCCUUCUUUUUUUGGAGUCCGAUAUGGAGGUGAAAGUGUUGGAAAGUGUGGAAAGAGGCUCCACGUUGUCGGAUGCUGUAAGCCCUUACCUGCACUUAGAUCAUUUAGAUCAAAAUUCUUGUUUGACCUGGAUGCGCAAGGUCACCGGUGCAGUCAUAGGGACACGAUUUUUUUAUGAUGCUGUAGACCGCUAUUUUAAUGCUCAAUUUAGAGAUAGCAUUUCGGAUGAUACAGCGUAUUUGAUGGCCGAUAAGUUUGCACCGUGGGAAGAAAUUUUUAAAAUAAUACAAUCUGCAGGUGAAUUGUAUGCCAAAAAAUGUGGUGGAGAGUCUCCUGCCCUUUUGGCAUGGAUACGAGAGGAGUUGAGACCAUUGGUUUCAAUUGGCGUCGUCUCCAUCCCCUCACCGUAA